AUGCCGCACAUCGAGUCUGAGCAACAGCCGUUGGCUGAGUCUUCAAACGAGCAGCCGCUGGAGCGCCUGCCAUUUCCUCCAGUCACUUACUCCCAUAUCUUACAUUGCUCUUAUCACCACUGGCAGCCACUAUACCGCAAUAUAACCCCCAGAUCGUGCGCGAUACCCCUAUCCCCCGCAUUCGUAUCAUACCUCCGCGCGGACGGAAUCGUCCUGCCACCCGAAGACGCAACCCCCACCGACGACGAUAACCUCGACACCUUCUCCGAAGACUCCUCCUCCGAAGAACCCGACCCUUCAACCGAAUGGAAAGAAAUCCACGCGCAGAUCAAAUCCACAAUCGCCGACUUCGGCGGCAAAGUCACCCCAAAGCUAAACUGGAGCGCCCCCAAAGACGCCACCUGGAUGGCCGCCACCAACGACCUGCAAUGCCGCACCCCGAACGACAUCUACCUCCUUCUCAAGAGCAGCGACUUCGUCACCCACGACCUCGAGCACCCGUUCGACGGGUGCGUGCCGGACGCAGACCCCGGCGCCACAGCCUCGGACGCCCCAACGCCGGAGGUGCCGUACCACCUCGUGCUGCGCAAAUACGUCAACUUCAACCCGUCGCUCGAGUUCCGCUGCUUCGUGCGCAAUCGCGUGCUGCUGUGUCUGUGCCAGCGUGACCAGAACCACUUCGACUUCCUGUUUCCGAUGCGCGACGCGCUGCGCUCCCGCAUCCAGGCGUUCUUCGACGAGAAGCUGCGCGACUCGUUCCCCGACCCGAACUUUGUCUUCGAUGUGUAUGUGCCGGCGCCGCAUCAGCGCGUGUGGCUGGUGGAUAUCAAUCCGUGGGCGGUGCGCACCGACCCGCUGCUGUUUAGCUGGUUGGAGAUUCUGCAGAUGAAGGAUCCGAUUGGGAUCCGCGAGGCGGAGGAGGGUGCGGAGGAGCAGUUCGUGCGGUUGGCGCUGAACGGCAGUAAUGCUGCUGCGCUCGAGGCGGAGUUGGAUGAGGGCAGUACAUCCGAGUCGGAGGAGGAGCUGGACGACGAGGCGGACGACGACUCGCCGUUCCUGCCGGAGUUCCGCCUCAUCAAGCGUGACGACCCCGAGGCGUAUGCGUUUACCACGCCCCAGUACUCGGCGCAUAAACUGCCGAAGGAGGUGGUUGAUGCGUCACUUUCCGGGCCCGGCGGUAUGAGCGAGUUCCUCGGGAAGUGGCAGGAUAUUCUCGCCAAGCAGGCGCAGGAGUCGGACUCGGAGAACGAGGCGCAGUGA